CAACUCGCCGCCUACGAUCUAAGCAUCAAUUUCCCUGCGCUCCGACACAUUCAAGUCUACACGCUCGGGGCACCCCGGGUCGGAAAUCCGGCUUUUUCCUCGGCCUACGAAGCACGUGUGCCCGCCACUUUUCGCGUGGUGGUUGACGGCGAUCUGGUCCCGGGUAUGCCCAAGAUAUUUGGUAUGUACAGGCACUCGGGGGUCGAGGUUUUGGUGGACGCAGAGAACGGGGGUGAUUUGAUCGUCUCCCCGUCCGCGGUGGAGAAAUGGCUGCGUCUUCGUAAUCGCACGAGUACCACGAAUCAUUCAUUGACCACGUAUCGGGAUUGCAUGGAGGCAUGUUUUAGUCCAGAUGACUUGGUGCAUUACCUCCCGAAAGUGUUAGGACAGGAAAACCGGACGUCCGCGGACGAGGAUUUGCCCGAGUGGCUGGUGGGGAGACGGCGGAGCACAUUCGUGAUAUAAACCACGGUAUUUAGAGGACUAAGAACGGGCUUAUCCACCAUGCUUUCGCUUUGUACAUGAGGAGAGUGCAUAUCUCGAUGGUGAGAUUCAACUGGUUACACACGUCUCGUGAAAUAUUUGUGGGGAUACACAAUAAAAAGGUGCAAAAUAUAUCCAAU